AUGGCUCCACCAAGACAACAUUCACAAAAGAGUUUCACCAACAGAGUCAAAAAGACCAACAUACAAACCAAUGCUGAUCGUGUGUUGCCCAAGGGUCACACCCAUCUCCGUUCAAAGGCGACGAUCAAGCGUCUCGCCAUGUACAGCGAGGGUGCCAACUACUCGCGUGACGGUAAGUUCCUCGGCGGUGCCUACAUGUCCAAGGACACCAGUCACAGCACUCGUAUCGCACCCGACCAAAGAUAUUUUGGUAACACCAACUCGAUCAGUCAAGAGCAACUCGAGACCUUCCGUGAAGAGAUGGCUGCUACCAUCCACAACCCAUACAAGGUUCUUUUGCACGCCAACAAGUUGCCAAUGGGCUUGCUCAAAGACUCGACCAAAAAGACUCAAAUGAAUCUCUUGACCACCGAGACAUUCGAGACUACCUUUGGCCCAAAGAAGCAACGUAAGCGUCCCAACCUCUCGUCGGUCGUCGAUCUCGAAAGCAUGCUCAACAAGAUCUCUGAACAAGCCUACGAUCCAUCCAAGGACACCAACAUCAAGAUUGAAGCCGAUAUGAGAGAGGCUCGUCGUGAAGAUAUUUUCGAAAAGGGUACCUCUAAGAGAAUUUGGGGUGAAUUAUACAAGGUAAUUGAUUCAUCUGAUGUAUUGAUUCAAGUAUUGGAUGCUAGAGAUCCAAUGGGAACUAGAAGUUCACAUUUGGAAAAUCAAUUGAAAAAGAAUGCUCGUCACAAACAUCUUAUCUUUGUACUCAACAAGUGUGAUUUGGUGCCAACAUGGUGUACCGCACGUUGGGUCAAGAUUUUGUCACAAGAGUAUCCAACUUUGGCCUUCCACGCCAGUUUGCAACAUCCAUUCGGUAAGGGUUCGUUGAUUCAACUCUUGCGUCAAUUUGCUCGUCUCCAUCCCGAGAAGAAGCAAAUCUCGGUCGGUUUUGUUGGAUACCCCAACGUUGGUAAAUCGUCCAUCAUCAACACACUCAAGGCCAAGAAGGUGUGUAGAGCCGCCCCCAUCCCGGGUGAGACCAAGGUGUGGCAAUACAUCACCUUGACCAAGCGUAUCUAUCUCAUCGAUUGUCCAGGUGUCGUGCCAACCACCGGUGACACAGAGGGUGAACUCGUCCUCAAGGGUGUCGUCCGUGUUGAAAACCUCGUCGACGCUACCGAGUAUAUCCCAGAACUGCUCAAACGUAUCAAGAAGGAGUAUCUCGUCAAGACAUACGCUAUCGCCUCGUGGACCGACCACGAAGACUUCCUCACUCAGAUGGCCGAGCGUACCGGUAAGCUCCAAAAGGGUAACAAGCCCAAUCUCAACGCUGUCGCCAAGAUCAUGUUGUACGAUUAUCAAAAGGGUCGUAUCCCCUACUUUACCGCCCCACCCAUGAUGGACGGUACCCCAGCCAUCUUCUCGAUGAACACCAAGGGUGUCAAGACCGAGACUGAAGUCAAGGUUGAAGAUGUCGACGCUGUCGCUGAAACUACCGACGUUGACGCUGUUGCCACUACCGCCACAGCCAUCGCUGUUCCAGCCGCCGAUGCCACCCCAAUCAAGAGAGAAAAGAAAAAGAUCGAAUUUAAAAACUUGGUUGUCCACCAAAAGCUCAAGAAUAUCAACGUCAAGGCAGAGUUUGAUGAAGAGGAUGCCAAAGGUGACGGUUACGUCGAUCCAUUUGACGAAGAGCCAGAUUGGGACGACUUGUACCAAAACGACGAAAAUAUCUCCGACGACGAAGAGGUUGUCAACGACGACAAUGAAGCUGUCCAAGACGACGACGAAGACGAUGUUGCCCAAUUGUUGGACGACAUUGAUAGCGAUGACAGCGAUUUUGAUUAUAACGAUUUUGAUGAAGAUUUGGCAGCUGGUGAUCUUGGAUCCGAUGAAGAAGAAGAGGAAGAAUCUGAAGAAGAACAACCAAAGAAGAAGAAUAACAAAAAGAAUAACAAGAGAAAGGUUGAUGAGGAAGAACAAGUUUCAACCAAACAAAAUAACAAAAAGAAAUCAAAGAGCAAACAAGUAGAGGAGGAAGAGCAAGUAGACAGUGAAGAUGAAUUGGUAGUUGUAAAGAAAUCAAAGAAGAAAGAAAUGCCAGAAAAGGGUUUGGUACUUUUAUCCAAUGUUGCCAAGUUGAAACAACAAAAACCAACCAAUAACAAGGUUGUCCCAAGAAAAGAAUAUCAAGAAAAAAUUACAGAAGUUGAAUCUGAUGAUGAUGGAGCAGUUUCACAAAAGAAGGAAAAGAGAAUGAAGACCAACAAAGGAAAGGUUGGUAACCAUUUCUAUGAGACUCACAAUGUAAAGAACAAAAAUAGAAAUAGAAAGAUUCCACGUAGAGACGACAGAGGCAAAAAGACUGGUUCAGCCGGCGGUGCCAAGAAGAAUUAA